UUGAACAUCGCACAGAGACCUGAAAAUCCCUCAAGCUCUCUCUUUUCCCAAUCAUAAAUUCCCAUCUUUUCUGUGUAAAAUUUCUCAUGCAUAUUGGCCUUUUGAGAUCUGCAAUUGAUCUAAUCUCCUUCAAUGGACAGUAAUUAUUCAGCCAUUCCCAAAACGUCAUAUCUGGAAUUGCGGGUAAAGAACGAUCCUCGAAAACCUAGAUCCCCACCCAAGUUCCUUCCUUCCAAAGUGGAGAGAUAUCUGAAUUCGAAGAAUGCGAAUGGGCAUGAUUUCGACGACGGUCUCGAUUUUCAUGUAGAAUAUCCCCUAACUGUUGGCGAUUCUAGGUCUAACCAUGACUCUGGAAUCUCCAGCUCAGUUUUCAAUCUCUCGACGUCGAUCAUCGGUGCCGGGAUUAUGGCCUUACCGGCGACAAUGAAGAUACUUGGGUUGGUUUUGGGGUUUUUGUUGAUAAUUCUGAUGGGGAUUUUGUCAGAGAUUAGCGUCGAGUUGUUGGUGAGAUUUUCGGUUCUGUGUAAGGCGAGAUCUAACGGCGAGGUCGCUCAAUGCGCGUUUGGAUGACCGGCGAGAGUCUUGUCGGAGAUCUAUAUAAUCGUGAACAACGCAGCCGUUUUGGUGGUUUAUCUGAUCAUCAUGAGAGAUGUCAUGUCGGGUUCGAUCCGCCAUCUUGGAGUAUUCGAUCACAGGAAGCUUCUGAUUCUGGUCAUUUCGGUGGUUUUUCUCACACCACUUUGCGCGUUGGAGAGGAUUGAUUCUCUGAGCUUGACUUCAGCUGCUUCAGUAGCUCUUGCCUUAGUCUUUGUUGUGGUUGCUUGCGUUGUUGCGAUCAUUAAUAAUUCAAAUUAAAAAUUUAAAUCAUUAAAUUAAACGGUGCUGAGCCCAGAUUUCGGGCCCUAAGAGGCCAUCUUGGACUUGCUUGUGGUGAUUCCCAUCAUGACCAAUGCUUAUGUUUGCCACUUCAAAGUUCAGCCUAUUUACAACGAGCUUGAAGACCGGUCUCCUCAGAAGAUGAACCGUGUGGGUAGGAUCACCACUGUUUUUUGCAUUGUGGUUUAUACUUCAACAGCCAUGUCUGGUUAUCUCCUCUUUGGGAAUGAUACAGAGGCUGAUGUGCUGACCAACUUCGAUAAAGAUCUCAGGAUUCGAUUCAGUUCGGCCUUGAAUUAUAUCGUCGGUUCGGGUACAUUCUUCAUUUGGUUCUUGUUUUUUCCAGUUAUCCAUUUCUCAUUAAGGCAAACAAUUAAUGCUUUGGUGUUAGAGGGCUCUGCUCCUUUGUCUGAGAGUAGGAAGAGGUCAUUAGUUUUGACAAUUGUUCUGUUGGCACUAAUUUAUUUAGGAUCCACCGUGAUUCCAAACAUUUGGACGGCUUUUAAAUUUACAGGGGCAACCGCAGCCGUGUCGUUGGGCUUUAUAUUUCCUUCUCUCAUUGCGUUGAGAUUGAGUCGGAAAGGGGAGAGUUUGAGCCUCGUACAGAAGCUUCUUUCGCGGUUGAUGCUAAUAAUGGCUGUAGUAGUCAGCAUUGUUGGAGUAGUUGGAAACGUUUAUAGCCUCAAAAGCGAAUAUAAAUGACCUUCUUCACAGUGUUAUAAGGGUUAUUAAUUUGGUGAUCAUUGGUAGAAAGUCAUGGGCUAAAAACUUUUCUGAUCAGAAGAACGGCAAAUGAAAUUGGCUGAGGUCAUCCAGGGAAGUUAAUGCCUGAGCUGUUUCCAACAGUGGCAAUUUUUUCUAGGGGGUGAAAUGAAAAUGGCUGGAAAUAUCACGAGGACCAUCCCCAUUGUUCAACACAUUUUUUUUUUAUUUAAUUUUAUACUUUUUUCCUAUGUUUCUUUUACCCUUUUUGCUUAGAGGAAUACCAAAAGGUUGCUCUGUGUCGGAGAUAAAUCGUUUAUAGGGAAAAGAAUAGUUCUAUACUCCUUGUGACAAUGUGUAAGUUAUAAUUGGAAUUAAAAUAAAAAAUAAUUCAGACCACGCUUUUUUCAUCGCACGCAGUUGUAAUUAAGUUAUAAUUAAGGCUUAGACGCUUAGUCGACUGUCUAG